AUGGAACACGUUGUAUGCGCCAUCCAUGCAAAUAUUGGGCACCUUGCGUGCACAAGUAAUCACGAACAUACAUAUUACAAGUCGAGCUUGAUGUCUAACAUUUUGGCGAAGGGCUCGGCCGAGGCUGCGGCCAGAUGCAGGUUGAAGGAAACGCAGGCGGCUGGCAAUCUUCUGCUGCCGCAGUACGGGUGCGACGAUCGACAUGUUGAACACGAAGUGGGCACUCCUGUGUUUUGUCACAUCGCAAAGGACAGCUCCACCGACACCGCGACUGGGGCGAAGCACUACCCGCAGAAGGCGCGGAGCACACCGCGGAGGAUGGGCGGCAUGUCCGCGUCGCUGGCGCCCCGCAGGGAGCCCGGCCUCGCGCCGCUCGGGCUGCGGCCGGGGCCGCCGCAGGGACCCGCGCUGCCGUCGCUGGCGACUGCCCCGUACGUGCUGGCCCCCGCCUGCCGGUCCGUGGCGACCGCGCGGUGA